AUGACCAAGUUGAAGGUAGCCGUUAGGGUAAGGCCUUUAUCGGACAGGGAGACCGAAAUAGAAUCCGUUCCAGUUAUUUCCGUGUUAAAUGAUGAAUCUUUGGAAAUAACAAAUAUCAAGGUAACAGAACAGAAUGUAGGAGAUAGUCGAGAGAGAAUAAGAAGAUUUACCUUUGACUACUGUUUUCACGAAAACUGUUCACAAAAUUAUAUUUUUGAGAGAAUAGAGAGAAUAAUAAAUGAAUCCAUGAAACAACGUAAACAUUCCUGCGUUUUAGCUUAUGGUCAAAGUUCCACUGGAAAAACACAUACCAUGAUGGGAAUACCUCGCGAUCCUGGUCUUAUUCCAAGUUUCUGUGAAAAAAUUUUUGACUACCUACAGGAAAUGGCGACCGGAGAGGAGGCGUUUGACAUGAAAGUUACAGUAAGUUACUUAGAAAUAUAUAAUGAAAAAGUCAGAGAUCUCUUGAAUUCGGCAAACGAAGCUAAGAAAACAUCAUUAAAGAUAAGAGAACAUCCUAAAAAAGGACCAUAUGUUCAAGGUCUUUCGGAACAACUAGUAAAAACUUCUUCUGAUCUCCAUUACUGGUUAGAGGAAGGAAACAAACAUCGCAAAACAGCAGCGACCCACUCAAAUCCUCAAUCAAGUAGAAGUCAUUCCGUUUUUGUUAUUAAUUGCGAUGGAAUUAAAUUAAAUCUAAUAGACUUGGCUGGAAGCGAAAGGGCUGCAAAUAGAUGUUUUAAUAUUUCCAGAUUUAAAGAAGGGUCUAGUAUAAAUAAAAGCAUAGUGGCUUUGGGAAAUGUCAUAUCCGCUUUGGCUGAUCAAACUUUAAAACAAGCCAGAGGUAUACGAAGACGAUUUGUUCCUUACAGAGAUUCUGUUUUAACAUGGCUUUUGAAGGAUAUUUUAGGUGGAAAUUCCAAUACCGUUAUGGUUGCAACUGUCUCUCCGUCCAGCAUCUGCUAUAAUGAGACCGUUAACACUUUGCGUUUUGGGCAACGCGCCAAAAAUAUAAUUUUCCGUCCAGUCGUCCACGAAGACCCCAAAGAAAAGACCAUUCGAGAAUUAAGAGCAGAAAUAUUCAAAUUGAAAGAAUUGUUAAAAACUUUACAGUUGCCGUGUUUAAAUCAGAUGUACUUCCAGAAGGAUAUUAAUAGAGAUACGAAAGAUGAUGUUUUACCGAAGACACAUUUAAAUCCUACGAAUUGCGUAUUAUCUCUUUUAACGGAUAAAUUAGAUGCAGUCGAAGGACCCAUAUUCGCCAAUGAAGAACUUAUCCCAGUUAUUGAUGUAGAAACUAAAGUUGAACAAAAAGAAUCGAGGGCAAUUUUUAUGAUGUCUACGAAUAAAAUUGAUUGCGAAAAACGUGGUUCCAACGAUUCCAUAGUUUCAUCUAAAUCUGUCGCGUCGAAUCAAAGUUCAGAGCAGGAUUCUUCGCGUCGUAGUAGUUUAAGAACAGAAUCAUCACCGAAAUCAGUUUCCGCGCAUUCGAGAGCCUCGUCUAAAAAACAAUCUCCAAAAACGACGUCAAAUGAAAAUUUAAGCAAAAAGUCAGAAUCAAAAAUUAAUUCCGGUUCUAAAAACUCGGCAAGAUCUCAAGUAGUAGCUGCUGUUACGAGUAGAUUAUAUAACAAAGUCAAGAAAAAAGAAGUAGCCACGGAUACCGACGAUAUUAAUACGUAUAAUUUAUCCGUUAUCCCCGCAGAAUUGAUGAUUGCCGAAAAUGCGCGAGCACGACUUCGAAAUAUAACUAGAAGAGCAUUGAGAGCCAACAGAGUUAAAAAUCAAGAUAUACAAACAGAUUUUUCUCCUAUUGUUAGAAUCAAAGAAGCUUCUACUCAUACUUCUGAUCUCAAAAUAUAUUUAGAAGAAAUCAAAAAUGUUGAAACUAUGACUUCAACAAUCAAUAGUAUAGACGCUUGCGUAGAUUGCUCUGAUCUCAUUAAUACCGUAACUGAUACAGAUACUGUUAAAAGUUUAUUAAUAACAAGAAGUUGCGGAACACAAUUUAGUAAAGAAGAUUCCCAAAAGAAACAUAUAGUACCGAAACCUUCUACGCUUAUUUCAUUCACAAAAUACCUCAAAGGAACCAAAGAAAAUGUAGCCACCGAUGCUAUUUAUACAAACGUAGUGAAUAUAAAUAUAUCGAAUAAUUAUGUUCAGGGAGAUAAACCCAGUGACAGCGUCUCUUCUGAUAGUUUAGAUCAUUACGAAUCUCAAAGUGCCUAUAUGGUUACGCCCGAUCUCUUAAGUAAUCAUCCUCCGCUAGAAACUUCUUCUAAAGAAGUCCAAACUUGGUACCAUGGAAGUGUUGUAGAGCUUCAAGACGAAUUUUCGGAAACCGUCGAGUAUGCAAAUGAGGAUACAACUAAAGUUUAUAACAAAGCGAAGUGUUCAUGGAUACCAACUCAUUCUGUAGCUGUACCUUCCAUUAAAAUGUUAAAAGGACAUUUAGCCGAAACACACCGAACAACAGGACAAGAAGAAGAAUUUUGUUUACCGCUAAAAGAAUUUAAAGUAGUUCCGGCCAAACCGAAAAUUAUUCAUAGUAGCGAAAACGAUUACGAUGAUACGGUAAUAGUGAAUGAGCCGCGCGUUCUCCAACACGUAAACGAAUGUAAAGAAAAUAUCGAAACUUUGAAAAACCCCGGAACAAUUCGUUCCGGUUUGUCUAAAAAGAUUUUACCAUGCGAAAGAGGAGACGCUCAAAGAAUGGUCAGUGCAAUGUCAGCGUUUUUGGAAGAAGCAACCGAUAUGAUGUCGAAACUAUCCGAAAAAGUGGAAGAACCGCGAGCAUACGAUAUGCAAAUUACAGUUAGCGGAUUAAAAACUUGUAGAAGCCUAACGAAAAAGAAAAAAUCUGUUCGCAGUAUAGAAUGUGAAAAAGAAAAGUCUAUUAAACAAGACGAUCAACAAACUGAGAACAAAAAGUGUUUCAAAGAUCAAAGUUCUCAAACAAUACUGCCAUUCACAUAUAACUGUUCUACUCAGUUUGAUAUACGUGAUCUUCCUUCACUUCCAAUUAACAAAUAUGAAAUACCUUUCGAAGCUGCUUGUUCGCAGCUAGAAAAAACGUUAUCUCUCGUUCACGAUCCUAGAGAACUUUCCAUAGGAAGUGACGUUCUGGAUGUUGAUAUGGAUACAGCCCCGUGUUUCUCUGAUUAUGGUAGUUUACCCAAAAUGCAAAAGAAAAAAUAUAGAACGUGGUCUAUGACGCCAAGGUCGUAUUUAAAACAAUUAACCGCGAUGAGAAAAGACAUAGUAGAAUGUUCCAGAGAUUAUAUGAAAAGUUUUAGCGAACAUGUCAAAAGUAGUGGAGAUCACGUUAAUUACAAUCACGAAAUUAGCGAUAGAGAUUUUAUUAAAAAUGAUACCUAGGUAAAGCUGAAUCAAUUCUGUCGAGCGUUUUAUUUUGUGAUAUUUUGUAAGAUUCAAAUUAUAUUAAACAAAAAAUAUUUUGUUUAUUUUCAAAAUGAA